CGCCAGCCCUCUCGCCUCCUCUCCUUCCCUCUCGUCAAACCCCGACCGAACCUGCAACCUCCUCCAACCAGGCAAAGCGGCAAGGCCACAACACAACCUUUGCUGUUUCACUUCAUUGGCGACGACUUCGUGCUGUCGCCACUUUCAACUGCGCUCGAUUUUCCAUAUCGCACAUCAUUCAUUCCUUCGCGUGCAACACCCUGGUUGUCAGUGCGAUUGAAGCCCCCCAAAAACCGAGGGCGCCCGACCACACCCGAAGCAAAACUGUGACCGCACACUCUCUACCAUUGUCUUCGCUAUCGCCAGCUCGCCAAGAUGGGUUGUGGAAUGAGUACGGAGGACAAGGAGGGCAAGGCCCGGAACGAGGAGAUCGAGAACCAGCUUAAGAGGGAUCGCCUGCAGCAGCGCAAUGAAAUCAAGAUGCUACUUCUGGGUGCUGGUGAAUCCGGAAAGUCGACGAUCUUGAAGCAGAUGAAGCUCAUCCACGAGGGCGGCUACUCGCGCGACGAGCGGGAAUCCUUCAAGGAGAUCAUUUUCAGCAAUACAGUUCAGUCAAUGCGCGUUAUCCUGGAGGCAAUGGAGUCGCUUGAGCUCCCCCUGGCGGACGCGAGGAUGGAGUAUCAUGUCCAAACCAUCUUCAUGCAGCCAGCACAAAUCGAAGGCGACGUCCUCCCGCCCGAGGUCGGCAAUGCGAUCGAGGCCCUGUGGAAGGAUGCCGGUGUCCAGGCCUGCUUCAAGCGGUCGAGAGAAUACCAGCUGAACGAUUCUGCGCGAUACUACUUCGACAACAUCGCCCGCAUCGCUGCCCCCGACUACAUGCCUAACGACCAGGACGUGCUGCGGUCGCGUGUCAAGACAACCGGCAUCACGGAAACGACCUUCAUCAUUGGCGACCUCACGUGGCGGAUGUUCGAUGUCGGUGGCCAGCGGUCCGAGCGGAAGAAGUGGAUUCACUGCUUUGAGAACGUCACCACCAUUCUCUUCCUGGUCGCCAUCUCGGAAUACGACCAGCUCCUGUUCGAAGACGAGACGGUCAACCGUAUGCAAGAAGCGCUCACUCUCUUCGACUCCAUUUGCAACUCCAGGUGGUUCAUCAAGACAUCAAUCAUCCUGUUCCUCAACAAGAUCGAUCGGUUCAAGGAGAAGCUCCCCGUCAGUCCGAUGAAGAAUUACUUCCCAGACUAUGAAGGUGGCGACGACUACGGGGCGGCCUGUGACUACAUCCUGAACCGCUUCGUCAGCCUGAACCAGCACGAGAGCAAGCAGAUCUACACACAUUUCACCUGCGCGACGGACACCACACAAAUCCGCUUCGUCAUGGCUGCUGUGAACGAUAUUAUCAUCCAGGAGAACCUCCGUCUCUGCGGUCUCAUCUGAGCGGAAACUCGCUGACACUGCCGUCAUGGCUGUCACGUGCUGCUCUCUUGCGCCCCGGAUCCGCGCCGCCUCUGCUCUCAAAGAUGAUACCCCUUCCCGGUCGCAUUUGAAAACGGUGGAAUCACGACACUCCGCCAUUCAUACAAUGCGCCCCCGGGCUUGUUUUCCUCUCACCCCCCACCGGACCACGAAUCGA